AUGGGGUCUGACGAGGCCCUCACACCCGAUGGACAGUUGCAACAACUACUGGCCGCUCUUGAUCAAACUGAAGGCAGAGUCAAGAAGCACUCUUUUCAGAUCGUCAGCCUGCAGAACCAGCUCCAAGUUAUGCACAACGCAAGGCUGGAAGAGGCCGAAGAGAGGAAGCGACUUCUCCAAGAUAAUGAGCGACUGAAGACAAAGAUUGCGUACCUGAAGGGCAAGCUUGCCAGGCUGACUGUGGAAUUCUAUUAUGCACAGGCCACAGCUUCGGUGGUUACGACCGGCCCUUACGACAGCGAAGGGCGACGGAGCACGACAUGGUGGUCUACCCGCCACAACAAUAAGACGUCAUCAGGCACGUCAGUGCCGCCGCAGGAGGAGGAGGCACGCCCUCGAAACCGGGCUGUGGAGGCAGUGGCGGAUCGAAUGCUGGCAGAGCAGAGAUCACUGCUUCAGGAUUUCGCGCAGAUGACCCAAUCUCUAAGUUCGGAAACAAGAGAUCAGCUGAACGAGCUCGAUCAAGCCCACUUUUACGAUGCUCGAGAGAACAUAACCGAUGAUUGUAAUAAGAUCAAACCUGUAGGCGCUGAUGGUAGCUUCUCGCUGGAAGACGGAUUAUUGCGAGCCCCGGCUGCUGCGACUACUACGUGA